CUUUCCUGCCACGUAUAUGGCAGUGUUCGCUUUACAACUGGAAGUGAAAAUCGAGCGCCGCAAGCACCUUUUUUUCCUGCUGCCUUACGAAGGUAUUCGGAGCUUUUAAUAAACCAAAGGCUCAAGCUGUCCUCCUGAUUGGCUGCUCUUCCUGGGACAAAGGCCAAUCAUAAUAAGACUAGAGCGCCUGUGCGUCUGCGUGGGACGAUUUGAAUUUUUCUGAAUGCUUCCUGCCAGUUACAAUGGAUGCCGUCUGCUCGGAGGCCACCAUGGACCUCUCAAUUCGCGCGCAAAUGUUUGAAGCUCAUAUACAGAACUACGGUGGCAAUGAUCCACUUGAUCCCUGGUACAGAUAUUUUCAGUGGGUAGAAGGAAUGUCAGAAGCAGAAGGAAGAAAGCAAAAUUGCCUGUCAUCUUUACUGGAGAGGCUUGUGAAAACAUUUCUAAGUGAUAAGAGGUAUCAUCAGGACAUGAGAUUCAUCGACUGCUGUGUCAAAUUUGCUAACUUCAUUGAUAAUCCAAGUCAGUUUUUUGAUUACAUGUACAGUCAAGGAGUUGGUAACAAAUCAUCUAUUCUGUAUAUUUCUUGGGCACAACAACUUGGUGGACAAGGAAAUGUGCCUCAGGCAUGCGCUGUUAUUCAGAGAGGUAUCCAAAAUGAAGCCCAGCCAAUUGAGAAAUUACAUCAGCAAUAUCAGUUGUUACAGAAUAGCUUGCCCCAGAAUGAAAUUUCAACUCCAGUUGGUGUUUUGCAGCAACGUAACCCUCAGAUGGCUAAUCACUUAGCUUCUAGAAACGAUUCAGCCUGUCCCUACCAGAGUCAGAAUCCAAACAGUUCUGAAUUAUACCCCACCACUUGUGAGGGACAAGAGAAUAUGGAAAAACCCAAGUACAUCACCACCAUUUCCAAGUCAGAAGUUGUACCAAUACCAUCAAGUCAUGCUGCCUUUGAGCAGAAGGCAAUGUACGUCAAAACACUUCUUGAUUGUGAAGGUUCUGAGCUGUGUUUUGAAGAAGUGAGAGCUAAAGUAUAUUUGAAGAAGGCAGAAUGUUUGAAAAGGCAAAAGGAAUUAGAGACUGAAGACAACGAGUUAAUGAAAAAGAAAGAAAGUGACCUCCUUGAGCUACAAAAACUGCAGCAGAAAUUGGACCAGCUCUCCCAAUCAUCAUCUUCGUGCCAGAAAGAUGUAUUACAGCCAAUUGCUCAACAGUCCUUGCUAAGCUCAACAGGGGGUGAUCAGUGUGUACAAGUGAGAACUUCACAGUGUUGGCCAGAAUGGAUAGCUUCUUCUGUAACUCAGAGUGCUCCGAACGUGGGAACAGAACAUCAAAGUUUAUCAGGAGAUGCUUUAACUUCACAGCCUAUUGGAAAUCACCCACAAAGAUCUGCUUUCAAGGAUAUUGGAGUGUCUUCAACUUCUUUGGCAAUGAUGAGCUAUGUGGCCGAUAUUGAUGAAACUCUUGGGCAACAGUCAGUAUCUGAUCCUCCCAUGACAGCUGUAAGUGAGAAAGCUGCAUUUGAAACUCACCCUGAUUUUGAAGAGUGUACAGAUAGUCUGCAUAGACUUCAAGUCAGCAGUAAUUCUGUCCAGCCACCUCAGAAGUAUUCUACUAUCUUCCAUAAUUGCCAUGAUGGAGAGAUGCACAUAGAUCCUUCAAAUCGGACAGAGCAGCAUUCCAUGGAAAUGAGAGACGAUAACAGAAAUACGUCAGGCUUUUUUGAUCAACGUCAUAUGACUCUAAAUGCAUCAAGCAUAAUACAAGCAACCCCAUCUAAAGUACAGCCUUCUCCUACUGUUCACACAAAAGAAGCCUUGGGUUUCAUCAUGGAUAUGUUUCAAGUGACUUCUCUAAAAGAUACUACUAUACUUUCAGAAAAUGAGGAAGAAGAUGUUGAGGCUUUCUUUAGAAACAAAGAUCCAGGUGAGGCUGUCAGCAUUAAGCCUAGUGUUCCUGCUACAUUACCUGCUUUUACAAUUUUUGAAGAUGAAAAUAUGGAGGUCGUGCAGUCAGUUCCAAAGUCAACAUCUAUCAGAGUAUUUGGCGAACGUCCCACAGGCACUCUGGCUGUUUCUAAACCAAGAGAUGAAAGCCAGCCAACAGAGGGCCUGACCAGUGACUAUACAAUAUGGGCUAAUCCAUGUAACCAAACUUUUGCUCCAAGUCUGAAAAGCCCAGGAGAUUUCGUUCAAGCUGCUCACCUUCUCUCCUCUACACCGUUCAAUACCAUUUCAGGGCCUUUAGUCCAAGAGAUGCAAGCUAAAGUCAUUGAGAAUCCUUGGGAUGAAAGUUUAAUCUUCCAGCUUCUGUCCAGGCUGCCAAAACCAAUAAGUGCUUAUCCCAAUACUUUCCAGUGGGCAACGAAUCUUCCACUUGUCAGACCAAAAACCGUUGUCAAAUUAGCAUCCACAUCCUUCCACAUUGAUUGCUUACUUGGAGAAGGAGCUUUUGCACAAGUGUAUCAAGCUUCUGCCCUUGAUAUGGACAAUUCUAAGAAUAAUCAGAAAGUAAUACUGAAGGUACAGAAACCUGCAAGCCCCUGGGAAUUCUAUAUAGCAGCUCAGCUGAUUGAAAGGCUGAAGCCAAGUAUGCAUCACCUUUGCAUCCAAUUCUAUGGUGCUCACUUCUUUCAAAAUGGAAGUAUUCUAAUAGGGGAGCUUUACAGUUAUGGAACUUUACUGAACACCAUAAAUAUAUACAAAAAACUAACAGAGAAGGUGAUGCCCCAAGCUCUGGUUAUCUACUUCACCAUAAAAAUCCUGCACAUGGUAGAAGAGCUUCACAAGGGUGGAAUAAUUCAUGGUGACAUUAAACCUGACAACUUUAUAUUUGGUGAAAGGUUUUUGGACAAUGACACAUGUGAUAUUGAUGGUACAUCUCAUGGUCUGACAAUUAUUGACUUUGGUCAAAGCAUAGACAUGACCCUAUUUCCCGAAGGAACCGCUUUCACAGGAAAGUGUGAAACAUCUGGGUUUCAGUGUAUUGAAAUGAUUACAGGCAAGCCAUGGAAUUACCAGACUGAUUAUUUUGGAAUUGCUGCAACAGUGUACUGCAUGUUAUUUGGCACAUAUAUGAAAGUAAAAAAUGAGCAAGGAAUCUGGAAACCUGAUAGUACCUUUAGGAGGAUUCCCAAUGGAGAGGUUUGGAUUGAUUUCUUUGUCACUUUGCUGAACAUACAAGAUUGCAACCACUUGCCUUCUUUGGGAGCUUUACGGACAUCGCUGAGAGACUUAUUUUUAAAAACUUACUCCAAUAAAAUAAUAGUUCUGCGUAACAGGCUUGCAGUGUUGCUUGUUGAAAACAAACGAUCACGGAAGUAAAUGCUGGACUCUUUUGAAACAACUAAAAGGUUUUGAGAUUGUUUGAUCAAGUCUUCAUGAAGUUUCAUCUUGUUUCGUCAAGCGGCAGUUUAAUUUUGGUUUGACUUACAAAGGUUGGCACUGCACUGCUGGUGUUUAAAUAGUGCACUAUUAAUGAUUUGAUUUCACAAACAGCUUCCAUUUGCUAACACUUCUAAAAAAUAUUAACAUUAGAGAUGAACCCUCUUUUUGGAACUGGACAGAAGAAAAAUAGGGAAGAGGGAGUGGAGUGUUGCGAAAAAAAAUUGACAUGGAGUCUGAAGCUUGAGAACAAAUAUUGAGAUGGAUGAAGAAAUCAGCAUUUGUGGAACUUACAUCUAAAUAUCUGAAUGCGCCUGUAUUUUUUUCCCUAUGGGUACUUUAUAAACAAUAAAAUGUACUUUCAAAGGAAAAUUGUCCAGUCAAAUCCAUUCAUUUUAAUUUUUCAGGUAAAAGAAUAGAAUAAUAGUAAAUAACAGAAGGCAUCAAGUGUAAUAUUGACACCAUAUCUUGAGUUAAAAGUAUAACUAUAUUGUAAUUAAAGCUAUAACUUAGCCAUUAAGUACUGACAAUGUAUCAAGUUUCCUAUAUCUGAAGCUCUUCUACUAUAGUAGGUUUCCAAUAAGACUAUGAUGGGAAUUGUAAUCUCUGGACAGUUUCUUAUAUAAAUAUAUAAAAGCAGAAACCAAACUGUCUUAUAGUUACGACCAUACCCUUUUAUCACAAUUCCUUAUCCCCAAAAGUAAAAACUUCCCCUCUGGUCCCUUUGCCAUUGCUAUCUCAGACAGCAAACUAAGCCCACCCAAACCCCCAAACAAAAAUAUGUAUCUUGUAUGUUUCCAGAGGUUCAGUAAUAUAUAGGUAGUCCUCGCUUACUGAUUGUUCAUUCAGCAACUUUUUGAACUUAAGAUGGUGCUGAAAAAGGAGAUUUACAACUGGCCCUUCAACUUGUGAUUGUGUCCAUGUGAUCACAUAAUUGCCAUUUGCAACCUUUAUGGCUUCUGACAAGCAAAAUUGAUGAAGCUGGCAAGCUGUGAUCAUGUGACCUUGAGCUUAUUGACUGGAAGAGUUAUCUAACCACAGCUGAAACUGACAUAAGACGGUCAUGGUCACAUGAUGUUUAAAAUAUGUGUUGCUUAGUGAUAGUUGAUGGUCCCAGCUGCAGUUAAAGUGACAAAUACCUGUAUACUUAUAAGCUGAAGGGAAAAAAAUCAAGAUUUUGAGAAUUAUAGCAGGGGAACAAGCUAUUAUCCACUGGGUACUUUGGAAAGCUUCUGUCAGCAACCAAACAAUGACUUGAGGUGAAAGUAGUUCAUCUAAAACAGACAUGCCAAACUCAUGACGUCAUGCAACGUAUUGGGACUGUUUUGCCAGUGCCGGCAAUGGGUUGGGUGUAGCUUCUGUGUGACACGUCCGGCCCAUGGGCCGGCAGUUUGACACCCCUGAUCUAAAACAUCUGACAGAUACUACAUUGCUACAUGGAGGGGUAUAGAAUACAUCAGUUGAGGGCAAACCCCCAAACUAGCGAUGGGGAAGAAGGACUUGAUUUGCUCAGAUCAGUAACCGUUUAGAUUAAAAUUGUUUCACUCUGGUUGACAAGGAUUUUCCAGAAUGGAAAUGAGCUUUAUUCUGUGCAGAGCAUGGCUUCUAGAAUUCUUUCCAACAUCUUAAUAGCUGUUCCAUCUAGGCGAAAAGAGAGAAGUGGGUUUAAGCCAACAGUUCCUUCUCUAUCUCUCUCAUACAGACUCACUGGUGGAUUCUUUUUCUUGAAGCCAUUUUUGAAGAACACCAGAUCUGAAUUUUGAAUAGUGGCAAAUUUAGUUCCAUUGUGAUCUCAGAGCUGAGCUCAAGCUCAGAGUCUUGAGCUUCUUGUAUAAAGAAUUUCUUUGGAAUUUCUUUCCCAGCCAUUAAAUGGCUAAUUACCUCUCCCUCUCCCAGAUUAUAGAGUACAAUACAGCACAUACAAUAAUGUGAUAAACUACUUUCUAAUAAGUACUAUACCCAGAAACUUAACUAAAGAUACAUAAGGCCAAAAACAUUCCUGACAAUAGAUAUCAUUAUAUCCCAACUUUCAAUUGAAUCAUUCUUAUGCGUCUUAUACUUCAACUCUAUGCAAAAAAAAAUGACUCAUUUUAGUACAUUUGAACAUGUGUAUCUUAAGCAUCUCCAUUUAAUUUCCACCCAAAUCUGAUUUUUUUAAAGUCAAGCAUACAAAUACUUAUUUUUCAACCUAACAUUUAAUGUUUUCGUAUAUUUAAAUUUUGAUACUGUACACAAUUUGAAUCAGGAAUUACACUGUAACAUUCAGAUACUGUGGAAAGUUCAAGACUGAUCUGUUUUAAAAAAAAUCUGGUCAAGUGUCUUCCCUUUUCUUAAUUUCCAUCUCUGGAUGGAUGGAAUGUAAGAAACAGCACUAUACAUUAGACAAGGGAAAGAGCAGGAGCAGUGAGGCAGUGUCAGCCCCUUAACUAUGUGAAUGAGUGCUUGAUAUUUAGGACUUGGAUACUAUUAUAUUUAAACUGACCGUGGUAAAAUAAUUCAGGCAUGGAUCCCUUUCUUCAGUCAAGUGCAUCCAUGCACUCUGCUUUCAGAAAAGAGAUAGGAUCUACAGUGUAAGUAAAGACAAAGGUUUAGCCUACCACAACUUUCGAUGGAGGUGGAUGAAUGAGGAAUAAUAGUAAGUAGCAUUGGAUCCGCUGCCUUUAUUACUGGAUGUCUCCCUGAUAUUUCUUGAUAAUGUG